AGGAGUUACGUGUGUCACUUGAGAAGCAGAUGGAAGAGGACGCGAGGAAGGUGGAGGCAGACUUGCAGAGCAAGACUGCGGCUGCUGACGAAGAAGCUAGACUUCUGAAGGCUGAGAAGCGCAAGCUUGAGAGCCAGAUAUCCGUCGUGCGCAAGAAGGCAGAGGAGAGCAUCAACAAGCUGAGCAGCGAUUUGAAGUCGGAGAAGGAGUUACGUGUGUCACUUGAGAAGCAGCUGGAAGAGGACGCGAGGAAGGUGGAGGCAGACUUGCAGAACAAGACUUCGGCUGCUGACGAAGAAGCUAGACUUCUGAAGGCUGAGAAGCGCAAGCUUGAGAGCCAGAUAUCUGUCGUGCGCAAGGAGGCAGAGGAGAGCAUCAACAAGCUGAGCAGCGAUUUGAAGUCGGAGAAGGCCAACUUCAUAAAUUCGUAGACUCACAACGUUGGAAUAGUUUCGUGGCGGUUGAUGUAAAUGCUGGACAUGGUAAUGACAGCCUUGGUUGCGUCUUGAGGAGUUACGUGUGUCACUUGAGAAGCAGAUGGAAGAGGACGCGAGGAAGGUGGAGGCAGACUUGCAGAGCAAGACU